AUGGAGAAGGGCGGCCAGCACGUCCGCGCCACCGAUUUGGGGGCUUCGGGCAGGGUUCUGGCCCGGUACCCCACCAAACGCUCGUCGUGCUUGAUGCCCACCACAGCCGGCAAAGAUGGCAAAGACUCCCUGGUGCCAAGUUCGAGGCACGGCGGCCAGUAUCGUACCCUGCGGGCGCUAUAUAUGCACAGCGGGAGAGUCCAGGACCGCGAGCUGGAAGACCCUGAAGCGAACAACCCCGAGGCAGGGGCGCGGGCUUGCCUGAGGAAGGCCUGCCUGACCCACGGGGUCCGACUUGGCUCGGUGCCCUUAGAGGAGCUGGAGCUUGGGGAUCCAGGCUUGCUCGACGCUUUCUACACGGCAGAUAUUGCUAUUGCAGACAUGAGUGAUGUCUCCAGACAUCCGUUGCUCUUCUACUAUCUUGGAAUCCGUGAAAGUUUCAACAUGACUAAUAACGUGAUCCUUUACUACAACACAAACGUUGACAUAGCUGUUUUACUGGAGGAAUUUGUAACUCGGAAAAACAAAGUAAUUAGCGGAAACUAUUAUUUCAUCCCGUACGUUGUGACACCACGUGCUGAAUAUUUUUGCUGUGAUAACAAAGUCCAGAAUCAGGCUUCUGAGUACCUACAACCCAACUGGUACACCAUUCUCAGCCCACUCUGUGUACCCCUGGUGGACAAGUUUUAUAGCCUCCUCAUGGACAUCCACUCGAAGUCAUGUAUUUACUUCAAACAAGCCUUAUUAAAUGACAUCCAGAGAUCCAGAGGAAGAUAUCAAGGUGAUGAUCUGGUGAGGGAACUGACUCGGAUCAAACUCCGCAUGGAUAACAUGGAGGUUCUGACCUCAGAGAUCAUUGAUAGUUUGCUGAUAUCCUACCGUGAUGUUCAGGACUAUGAUUCUAUGAUAAAGCUCGUAGAAAAUGUGGCAAUGAGUCCUGUCUGUGACUUGAGUGACCAGAAUAUUAUUAGAUUCCACUACGCGUUUGCACUGAAUAGGAGAAACCAUGGAGGUGACCGUCUGCAGGCUCUCCGAGUCAUGCUCCAGAUUCUGGAGUACUGUGAACAUCCUUCCCCAGACUUGUUCUGCCUGUGUGGGAGGAUCUACAGAGACAUCUUCUUGGAAUCAGAAUAUAAAGAUUGUGAAAGCCGAGAUAGCGCUAUUGUAUGGUAUCGUCAAGGUUUCGAGUUAGAGCCAAGUCUUUACUCAGGAACCAAUCUUGCGGUUUUACUGAUAAUUUCUGGGCAGCACUUUGAAAGUUCCGUGGAACUAAGGAAAAUAGGUGUCCACUUGAACAGUUUGUUGGGAAAACAAGGGAACUUGGAUAAGAUGAACAAUUACUGGGAUGUAGGUCAAUUCUUCAAAGUCACCAUAUUGAUCAGUGAUGUCGGGAAGGCCGUAAAGGCAGCAGAAAGGUUGUUCACAUUACAGCCUCCAGUCCGCUACAUGAAAACAUUAUUUCAGAGCUUGUUACUAAUUCGCCACUUUAGAAAAACUGUGAAUGAAUAUUCACCAAAGCAAGAGCAGCUUAAUUUCUGGUUAGAUAUCCUUUUUGAAUCAGUAAACACAGUCCCCAAUGGACUCAGAUUUCCGGUUCUAGUGAUAGAACAUACCAAAGUGUACCAGCCUUCUUAUGUCUCUAUCAACCAUGAAGCUGAGGAGAAGACUAUUACUCUGUGGCACGUAUUGCCCAAGGAAAUGAAACAAAUCUAUGAAUGGAAUUUCACAGCUUCUUCAAUUAGAGGAGUAAGCAUAUUCAAGUCUGAUGAGCGGUGUUGUUUUCUUUACAUCAAUGAUAAUGUUGAUGACUUUCAAAUCUGCUUUUCCACCAAGGAGCAGUGUAAGAGGUUUUGCUCUUUGGUCAGAGAUAUGACAGCAGCAGACAAUAUAGUAGAGCUGGAGGGAGACAUUGAUGAAUCCAUUGUAGAGUAUGAAUAUGAACUUGAUGCCAGUGGCCAACGGAUUGUGCUGGGAAAAGGAACCUAUGGGAUUGUGUACGCUGGAAGAGAUCUGUCUAAGCAAGUGCUAAUCGCCAUCAAAGAAAUCCCAGAAAAAAAUAGCAGGCUCUUUCCGUCACUACAUGUUGAGUUAGCACUGCACAAGCACCUAAGACACUGCAAUAUUGUUCAAUACCUGGGCUCUGUGUCUGAGGAUGGCUGCAUUAAGAUCUUCAUGGAGCAGGUGCCUGGAGGAAGCCUGUCUGCCCUUUUGCAAACAGUAUGGGGUCCCAUAAAGGAGCCCACCAUCAAGUUUUAUACCCGGCAGAUCCUGGAAGGACUUAAGUAUCUCCACGAAAACCAGAUUGUGCACAGGGACAUAAAGGGUGAUAAUAUUCUGGUAAAUAUCUACAGUGGAGUAGUGAAAAUAUCUGAUUUUGGAACCUCUAAGCGUCUUGCAGGAGUGACUGCAUAUUCAGGGACAUUUGCUGGCACGCUUCAGUACAUGGCACCUGAGAUUAUCUAUCAGAGUCAGGGACGUUUAAGCUCUGGCUCCCCAGCUGAUAUCUGGUCCCUGGGUUGCACCAUGAUUGAGAUGGCCACUGGAAGGCCCCCCUUUUCUGACUUAGGUAUGCCACAGGCAGCAGUGUACAAGGUGGGAAUGUUGAAGUGCCAUCCAGAGCUUCCAAAAUCUCUUUCCUCUGAAGCCCAAGCCUUCAUUUUGUCCUGCUUUGAGACUACCCCCAAUAAACGCCCCACUGCUGCCCAACUACUCAAAGACAAGUUCUUAAUGCAGGUGAAGAACACCAAGAAGUACCAGAUUACUUUCAAGCAACCAGGCUGCACCCCCCCACAGGAUACCCUGGCUGAGCCUGACGUGGAGCGUCUCAAUGUUGAGGAUCAGCAGAUCCCUUCGAACUUGGAUACCAAUGCAGAGACAUUCUUCGACGUGGCCUCCACAUCCAGGCGCCAGGAGGAUGACUUGGCCAGUAUGACAGAUGACAGCUUGGAAAAGCAGAAUAUGACCGUGCACCUGAACCCCCAAAAGAGUGAACCAGACCUUUCCCUGAUGGGCAAUGACAGUGACUAUCGCAUCAUCCUAUUCAGAAUCCUCAGGGAUGAGCAGGACCAGCUGAUAUCCAUCCUGCAAGAAUACUUGGUCGAGAAUGCAGAAGAGCCAUAUCUGUCAGUUGGCUGCAUCGAGAAAAUCAUUCGGAUCAUGAGGGACUUCGUCCGUUCACAGGACAUCAAAAUGUUGAUGUCCACAGUACCACAGCUGAGGUUAGAUGUGGACUUUGACAGCGAAUACAUUGACCAGGUCCACUUGGUUUUCUUUGGAUUCCAGGAUGCUGUAAAUAGAAUUCUGAAGACCCGCUUAAUUAGGCCCCAGUGGAUGUAUGCAAUGAACAACGUAAUUUAUCAAGCUGUGCAUGCUUCGAUCUCCGUUCUUAUUCCAGAGCUGAGCCCCCGCACGGAGCCUGUCUCUGCCGCUGAGGAUAAGGUGGCUGAGGAGUGUCUCCCAGCAGGCCUGCUGGAGAGUGAAGACCAAGGAGCCUGUGGAGGGACCACAAACGCUUCAGGGUUUUCCCUGGAGCACCCGCAGGAAACGACCUUCCAGCUGAAUGAGAUCCGGCAGGAGACCGCCAGGUCCUUAGCUGUUGCUGAGGAGAACCAGAGGAUGGCAGUUCCUGCCCAGGGUGACGGUGAAACUUGUCAGCCAGUCCCUUCCUCCCCCCUCAUCUGCAGACUUUUGAAAGCCCUAAAGGAAAAAGAGAAUGAGUACCAGAGUCUUAAACAGCAAAGGGUAGGAUUGAAAACUCAAGAAAUGCAUCAGCUUCACUUCCGAUUCAGCACUUGCGAGAAUCCAGUAUUCUCUCAUGGGUCCAAUGAGCAGAGAGUAGAAGAACUUGUAGAGUGGUUACAUAUGCAAGAACUGGAUGCAGAUACAAUUGAAACGAUUGUGGAAGAGGGUCUUACACUUUUUGAUCUCCUAAAUAAUAUCACUAAAGAAGAUUUAAGAUACAUCAAACUACGUGGCACCGCCGUCUACAAACUGUGGACUGCAAUUUCCCAGUACAGACGAGAUGUUCAAGGAUCUUUGAAAGAAGUAAACUAUUCAGCUUAGUUAUCAGCUUCGAUAGUUUUUCAAGCACUAUUCUCAUAGAUGGUUUUAUUGCAUUAACAUGUUUUAGGACUAUGCCUUAUGUAAUUUGAAUGUAUAAGCCAUUUGCCUAUUUGAAAUGAGUUUGAAGGAGUGUUAUUUAAAAUGUAA